UUGUUGGGCUAGUACAAAUAAGUGCUGGUGCCCACGCGGCUAUCAUUCAAAUUCAUCGAUUACGAUUGUGAAACACAACAACAACAACAGCAGUAAAGUAAAAGUGCUGCCCACGCUGUAAAGUGUCUGUAAUGCCUAAAGCUAUCGUUAUCGAUUUUUGAAUUCUAACGGCACGAGAUGCUGGCCCCCCUGACAACAGACAACAGACAAAUGCAAUUGCAUUUCCGGCCACAAAUGCAUGAAUGGCAAAAGAAAGUCAUUUCACACGUCUGCAUUGUUAAAUGUCUGCCACGGUCACGGCCAGCUAGACGCCAGAUUGUCGCAUAAAAAUCUCUCGGGCCAUUCAUUGCGAUAAUGCGAUACGCGACAAUUGUUGUGUCUGUUGCCCGUUUACACAUCAACGUAUUACGUGAUUCAAGUGCUGCCAACGCGCACACACACGCUCAGAUCUUGGCCAUUCGAUGAUAAAUUCGCACGAGUUAGACGAAUCAGCGCUAUAAAAAGUAUUGUAGCCAGCAUUUGGCUGGCCAUUGUCUGAGCAGCAGCAUUCACGCACACACAAGCGGCGAUCAGGAUAAAUCAAUCAGCAUGAAACGGAGCACUGCCAUUUUACACAUUGCAUUGGCUGCACUCUAUGCCUGCGCGCCCAGCCUGGCCGUCGUACACGGCAUUCAGCCAUCGCUGAGCGCCAAGCACUUUGAUGCCACUGCGGCCAAUCGGAAUGGCUAUCGCUAUAAUGGACCGGCACACAAAUAUCUGCCGGCGGCCAGCGAGCUGACCACCGAGGCGGUGACCACCACCGGCCACUGGGAGCCGAAUCCUGUCCAGCCGCCGGCGGAACAGCAGCUGCCGUAUGAGCACAGCUUUGGCAGCCGACCCCAGACGGGCUACAAUGGACCAUAUAACAUGCAGUAUUAUGGGCAGGCACCUGGCGGGGAUACGUGGCAGCAGGAGAACGCCCGGCAGCAGCAGCAACAGCUGAGUACAUUUCAAUACGCCGCCAAUCAUCAAGCUGCUGCUGGUGCUGCAGCAGGCGGUCAGCCUGGUCAAGCUGAGCAUCUAUUUGCUGGCGCGCAGCAUGAUCGCCGUCUGGAGUCUGGUCAGCGAGGUGCUCAGCUGAUUGGCCAGGCGCUGCCCGAGCGCUAUCAGCGCCAGCCCUUUGCUGUGCCCCAGCCAGAACGCGAUGCCGCCAACUUUGUUCAAAUGCAAUCGAAUUCCUUUGAGCUGCCGCCCAUCUAUAGCAUGCACAGGGCGUGGCCGGAGCAGCAGUCGCACAAGCAGCAGCAGCAGCAGGACUUCGAAUAUUCAGGGCAGGGCCAGUUCUACGGCCACGCCCAGUUUGAGCAGCAGUUCCAGCUGCAACAGCAGCACCAGCUCGAGUAUCCACAGUCCAGCAUACUCCAAGUCCACGUCCACUCGCCCAGCACACAAACUGCCUACUUGCCGCCGCCCAGCCGCGAGUUCCAGGCGCCCUACUACUAAGUCCCCGCCCCCAGCCCCAAACCAACCCGAUUCCAAUCGGAUCCCAACCAGAUCCCAGCUCCCAACACGUUUCCAACCCAAAACCCAACCAAAUCCCAGCCCAAUCUCUGCUUUACGUCUCCCAAGCGAGUUUAGUUGGAGCAUUGCCCAUCUAAAUCCUCCCCCAGCAUUGGAUACAUCUGCAUUUGUGUCCACAGCAAACGCAGUUCGUAUUUAGCAAGCGGGCUCAAAACCAUUUUUCAUUCUUAGCUUAGCU